AUGGGUUUUAAACAGCUAAGGGCUUUUAAUCUAGCUAUGCUGGGAAAACUGGCAUGGCGUUUUUUGACGGACCCAGGAACGCUCGCAGCUAAAAUCUAUAAGGCAAGGUAUUAUCCCACAACCAGUUUUACAGAUGCAACUAUUGGCAAUUGCCCAAGUUACUGUUGGGGAAGUAUAAUGGCAGCCCAUGCAAUGGUAGUCUCAGGGGUGCGAAGGAGGAUUGGGAAUGGACAGACAACUUUAAUAUGGGGGCAUCCGUGGUUACGAGAUAAUCCUAGCCCAUUGAUUCAAACAGAAAUGCCAGAACAAUUGAGGGAGGCACGGGUUGCAGGAUUAAUUGAUUUACAGACUCAUACCUGGGAUCCACAUAUUUUAUCUGACUUGUUUAUUCCUGAGGAUGUGGAGCGAAUAAAUAUGAUCCCUAUUAGUCCUGAUUACGAAGACUCAUGGUAUUGGAUGAGUGACCCAAAGGGGACAUAUACAGUCAAGAAUGCCUAUAGGCGUAUUGUGGCCUCUUUUACAACAUGGUUAAAAGGGGCUAUGGCGGUCUUGACGGAGAAGCAGACCCGGUUGAUGGUAGCAAUAUUAUAUUAUAUCUGGAGAGCCCGGAAUUCAGCUGUCUGA